AUGACGCGAGCAACGGUUCCGCCGAUUCUGCUACAACUCCAAAACCCGGAUUCCAUCUCCUCUCAGAUCACAUCUCUCCGGGCCCUAAAGAAUGAAGUGAUAGGUCAUGAUCAGCGCAAAGAGGUCUACGUUGCCGCAGGAAUUAUCCCGACGUUGGCCUUGGUGCUCGGGUCGCGAUGGCCAGGGAACCAAUCUGCGACUGAAUCUAACCGCUCUGUGACCCAGGCGACUAGAGCCUAUCAGAACCCUGAAAUAUCGGAAGAAUCAGAAGCCUGUCUGCAGGCAAUCCUGAUAAUUGGAAGCUUGGUGCAAGGUGGUCCAACGUUCCUUGCCCCGAUAUUCGCCAGCGACAUUCUCCCGACUCUUCUCUCUAUCCUAUCCUCACCGGACUGCCCUCAGCGCUUCUGUCUUCCCAUCCUACGACUUCUCAACACGAUUGCGGACAGACUACCGUUGCAAAACCAAGAUCAAUGGCCUCGGGACACCCGACUGGCAGACAUCGUCUUCGCACCUGAAACAGUCGGAGCUAUCCGACGGAUUGUUGCGCAAAAUUAUGGCCCCACCGGCAGCCAAGCGAGUAUUGAGCUGGCGGCUGCCUUGAUUGGAAAGCUAUGCACGGAAGAGAUUCAUAAGACAACGUUGGCGGAAUGUGGAGUGCUAGACGCCCUGGCUGUCAAGAUUGCCAGCUUUGUGAUAGCCCAAGGGUUCGUUCUCCCGGGUGCAGAAGACCAUCUACACGAACCUGGAGCUCUAGGGGAUUUCCCCCCACCUGCUCCAGCAUCGGCGCGGUUGGCACCCAUUCUCCGCGCAAUCACCGUGAUCAUCGAGCAGUCGAAGUGGCGGGCAGAGCAUUUCCUUUCCUCGCCGGGAAUUGUCACCGUAUUUCCCAAACAACUCCCUGAAUUCGCUCCGACUGACAUUAAGAAAAAUCCCUGGGGAACCACGUACCUGUCUGGCUCGGCGGUGCCCCGUCAUUCCAGCACAAAUCCGGUGGAUCAUCUUCUCCCUUCUGUUCCAAUGGUACAUGCCAAAUUAACCUCGAGUUCGGCCAACUUUCCACCUCUGGGAAAUUCUGGCGCGCAGCGUCGCCAGAGCCAUUCUUUUUCUACGCCGUUUUCGCUGGCCGAAACGUCUCCCCCCGAAGAGGAUGAGAAUUCCAUCGUUCCAUGGCUGCUUUGCAUCCUUCGUUCAGAAGGUGGCAUGGUCCAAUUGAUGGCGGCUCGACUGGUGACUGUUCUUUUUCGGCUGGGCCUUGCCAAAAAGCAUCGAGUUCCGAUGCUUGGUUAUCUCUUGGUUCCGAUUCUCAUUCGCAUGCUGGAGAAAGAUUUCGAGGUCCCCGAUGAGCCCGGUGCGAAUGAUGGACUCAUCACUCCGACGCAACUUUUGAAAGAAGAAGCUCCAGCCGUAUUGGCCAAUUUGGUCAUGGACGAUCAAGAGCUACAAAAGCAUGCUGUUGAUGGAAAUGUACUUAAACGACUAUCUCAGCUUCUCAAAGAGACUUAUAACCCAGUGUCAGAGACAUUGCGGCCCAUGUGGCACUCAGAGGGCAAUCUUCCAGCUCGGGACCCUGAAACAAUGCCACCGAACUGUCGACUUGGGCCCCCUGGAUAUUCGCCUACACUUUGCCACAUCAUGAGGUAUCGGGAAAGUAUUCUUAAGGCUUUGGCUGCGCUGGUGCCGUUCAAAGAUGAAUACCGCAAGGUACUUUGCGAUAAUGGAGUGGUACCCUAUAUCAUCGACUCCCUCAAACCUCGGCCAAGUGAUGCUCCGGCCGAUGCUGCUGCAGUACCAAAGAAUACUGCAGCGGAUGGUAACCCGACACCAACACUUUUAGCUGCCUGUGGCGCAGCUCGUAUGCUCACUAGGUCGGUCAGCGCCUUGAGGACCAGUAUGAUUGAUAGUGGCGUGGCCCAACCGCUUUUUACACUUGUUAAACAUCCCGACCUAGAAGUUCAAAUUGCGGCAACUGCGGCGCUCUGCAACUUAGCACUAAAUUUCAGUCCUAUGAAGGAGGCGAUUAUCUCGGGCGAGGUGAUUCCUAUGCUUUGCGAGCACGCGCGCUCAUCUAGUACAAAAUUACAGAUAGAGUCUUUGUGGGCUCUUAAACAUGUGGUUUUUGACACAUCCAAUGAUAUAAGAAUGAAGAUAGUUGAAGCUCUAGGGCCCGCUUGGAUCCGGCAAAUCAUCAGCCAAGACCCAAUUAGUGCCCUGACUAGACGUGGAAUGGACGAAGAGACAGAGCAUGCUAUUGGAAUUGCCAUGGGUCGAGCCAACUCAGCGGGAGAACAAGUUGACAUCCUCAACCCCAUGGAAGACACAGGCGAGUCGGCUGAGGAGCUCAAGAUGGGUGAUAGCAUGCCCCAAUCGAAGAUGAGCUUGGAUAUGUUUCUCCCUGACGCCAGGCGUCGGCGCAAGCUUGUCAUGCACGGCAACCUAGAACAGUCCACUCAGUCGAGACAGGAUGACAUCGCUGUUCAAGAGCAGACAUUCGAUAUGCUGCGCAACAUGAUGUGUGGGACUGGUGCACCCGAAAUGAUCGACUUUCUCCUCCAAGAGAUCGGUCAGAAUGAGCUACUGGACGCACUCGCUGAUAAUCUACGCCCACGCACCAUCCAAUUGCCGCAUCGCCGUGACAACUCUAACCGGGAACUACAAAUACCGCAAGAAACUCUGCUCGCCGUCAGUGCCGUUAUCAUCCAUAUUGCUGCAGGACUUACCCGCCAUCGGCAACUACUGCUCUCUCACCCGGACCUUCUACGGUCCCUGGCCCUCUAUUUCAACCACUCUAAUUACAAAAUACGCUCCAACUGUGCGUGGGUGGUCAUUAACCUGAUCUACCUUGAGAACCAGAGUGAUCGUGAAGCAUGUCGCGAACGUGUCACUAGACUCAAGGCUCUUGGAAUUGUUGAUCAGGUGUUUAGUCUCGAAAAUGAUCCGCAGCUGGAUGUUAAAGAGCGUAUCAAGACGGCUAUACACCUAUUGAACGACCUGUAG